CAUGCAACUCACACAGGAAAAGGGGCCGACGCCGAGAGGUGGAGUGUGCCGAGCGCUUCCUGCUCGUCGGGAGGGCCGGCUGGCGUGGAGGUGGCGCCGCGGUUCUUCUCCUCGUCUCCUCUGUUGAAGCCUCUGCAGAAAAAUGUCCCGGUGAUGAAGGGCAGCUGUCAUGACGGAGUCAGUGAUGAAACUCCAGAGAGUGCAGCUAAAAUGCAAGAACCUUCACGAAUACCUGCGAGGUCUUAGCCCUGGGAUUCUGGAUCGGCUGUAUAAUCAUCCUGCCACUUGUCUUGCUGUCCUGCGGGAGCUGCCUGGGUUGGCCAAAAAUUAUGUCAUGCGGAUGCUUUUUCUGGAACAGCCUCUUCGUCAAGCAGCCAUGGUCCUGUGGGUGAAGAAGGAAUAUGUCAAGGAACAAGAGGAGAGCUCGGAUAUCUUGCUGGGACUGCGCCUUUGGCACACACAGCUGCUUCCAGGGGGCCUCGAAGGGAUCGUCUUGAACCCCAUCUUCAAGGAAAAUCUGCGCAUCGCUCUCUUGGGAGGAGGUAAAGCCUGGUCUGAUGAUACUAGCCAACUGGGCCCAGAUAAGCAUGCCCGAGAUGUCCCAUCCUUGGAUAAGUAUGCAGAAGAAAGGUGGGAGGUCAUCCUGCAUUUCAUGGUAGGCUCUCCUAGUGCAGCGGUGAGUCAGGACCUGGCUCAGCUGCUGAUUGAAGCUGGCCUGAUGAAGAGUAGUGAGCCUGGGGAACCUCCCUGCAUCACAUCCUCUGGCUUCCAGUUCCUGUUGCUGGAUACUUCAUCGCAGCUGUGGUACUUCAUGCUCCAGUAUCUCCAGUCAGCAGAGACCAGGGGCAUGGACUUGGUGGAGAUUCUUUCCUUUCUCUUUCAGCUCAGCUUCUCCACACUUGGCAAGGAUUAUUCUGUGGAAGGAAUGAGUGAUUCUCUUCUGAAUUUCCUUCAGCAUCUCCGGGAAUUUGGCCUGGUGUUUCAAAGAAAGAGAAAAUCCAGGCGUUACUAUCCCACCCGCUUAGCUAUUAAUCUUUCCUCCGGCAUCUCAGGUACCACCGUGGACACCCAUAAUCAAGGCUUCAUCGUGGUGGAGACAAACUACAGGAUCUAUGCAUACACAGAUUCAGAACUACAGAUUGCACUAAUUGCCCUCUUCUCUGAGAUGCUGUAUCGCUUCCCUAACUUGGUGGUGGCUCAGGUCACCCGAGAGAGCACACAGCAGGCCAUUGCCAAUGGCAUCACGGCCGAUCAGAUCAUUCAUUUCCUACGGACAAGAGCUCAUGCUGUGAUGCUAAAACAGACCCCUGUGCUGCCCCCCACAAUCACAGAUCAGAUCCGGCUGUGGGAGCUGGAACGGGACAGACUGCGCUUUUCUGAGGGUGUCCUAUACAACCAGUUCUUAUCCCAGGUGGACUUUGAGCUGCUCCGUAACCAUGCCAAGGAACUUGGGGUCCUCGUUUUUGAGAACCCAGCCAAGCGUCUCAUGGUGGUGACUCCCGCCGGCCAUUCAGAUGUCAAACGCUUCUGGAAGCGUCAGAAACACAGUUCCUGAAGACAUGGCUUGCACUCCACGUUCUUCUGAAUAAGUUUGUUGGGAAGUGGACCAAACAAAAAGGCAGGAAUAUCUCUCCUCCCAUUACUUUGAAAUGGAUACAAGAUACAGAGAGAAGGAAAACAGAGAUGCCUGCCUUAUUAUCCCUUUCCAGCCAAAAAGAGAUUUGAAACUUAACAAAAAGGAACAGCAAGAAAAAAAGGUCAUUGGUUCAGUUUAAGUGUCACCUUUCAUCAACUCUCUCUGGCAGGAGUGACACCCUAACUGGGAUAACACUGGCACGAAAUAGGGUAGAAGUCCAAUAAAAUGCUUUGGGAAAAUAGAAAUAGCAGGGGCAAAGCCAUCUCACUAAACUAAAAGGAACCACUUGAGGCCAAUGAGUUGUUGAUGCAAAGUUAUUAAAAAUGAAGGGAUGCAUAAUUCGUUCCCUGCAUGGUUGGAUACUGAAUCUUCAAGGUGCAAGGGAGUACUAGUUUCAGACUAUCUACAAUGUGGCAUCAUCCAACUAUUUAAACCCUUGCUACUAUCCUCCUGAGACCUAUCUGGGGAAUGAUGGAAAUUGGAGCCCAUUACAUCUAGAGUGCACCUCGUUGGAGAAGGAUAUAUAAAAAAAAGCGUUAAGCAGUUAUCAUUUUUAUUCUUUAAAUGGCUUGACCCUCUCAGCUCAACGGGUGCAAAAAGAAGAGACAGUAUUUCAUUUUAGUUUUAUAGAAACUGCUAAUGUAUAGCUUAAGUUCAGGCUGGCUUGUUCUAAUAAGACGUGUGGUUUUUAUAGGUGUAAUUCAAGGUGUUUUUCUAUCCAUGUGUGAAUGAAGACAGCUCUCUAUGCAGAAGCUGGGUUUAUACAUUGCAUUAACCCAUAUUGUGAUUAGUUUGGCCCUAACAUGAUGAGUUCAGCACACCAAAUCACCCUAUUUUGAUCUGGCAAUGUGCCCAAUCUGAUAUCAAGGGAAUAUCAUAUUCCCUCAUGGGGUUGCCAUUUGUUUUUUAAAACCAGUGUCAAAUAUUCAGAUGUUUCAACGGGACUCAACCCUGUAACUCCAGCACAAAGAUGCUGUGAUUUCACUUGUUCCUGUUCUGCCUGGAAGGGAGACCACUGUUGAAGUUAAGCAGAUAUUCUAUUCACCAAUCUGUCCUGUGUUGAUGAACGUACUGAAUCCUGUACGCACAGUUGAAGCCUCUGUUCAGAUGGACAGAUCAGUCAGCAGGUUCCUCAUUCCACCUCUUUUAUCUGAAAUUCAGAUAUUGCAUUAAAACUAGCUGAGAAGUUGUGGUGGAAAUAGCAUCAGGUUUUUAUUCUUCAUCCUAAAUUUGGCAUCUCCAAACAUUGCAGAGGAUGUGCUGUAUUUUAUACUUGGGAAGCUGUGCUAAGAGGCUUAUGGGUGGUUGUAAAGAGGAAGUGGGAAUCUUUUGUGUAAAUCAAACAGAUAAAUACGAUUUUUUUUAAAAAAAAGAAUAAACUAUCUUGGAUGUA